AUGCCUCAAAAUGUAAUUAGUAAAUGUGAGGGCGGCAUGGACAGUCCCAACAAUUUACCUGCAUGUUUACCAAUGUCAGACACCUCUUGGGGUUUCACGGUCGGUGCCUUUGCCCUGGGUGGUCUGGCCGGUAGUUUAUCGACAAUGUACUUGAAUCACUGGUUUGGCCGUCGUGAUAACAUUAUGAUUGCUUGCGGUUGGAUGAUUCUUGGCGGUAUUUUAUCAGCUACGUCCAUUAAUAUCGGCAUGUAUUCCAUUGGACGUGCGUUUGUCGGUAUUGCUGCAGGCAUGUCUGGUUCGUCCGUCGCCAUUUAUGUCUCCGAGAUUUCCACAAAAAAGAGCCGUGGUGCGUUGGGUUCUCUGUUUGAAUUAUUCCUGAAUCUUGGUAUUCUGUUGACCCAGGUGUGCGGUCUUUACAUGAAAUUUGUCCCGGUGUGGCGACUUUUGUGGGCCAUUCCCAGUAUCAUUGCGUUUAUCCAAUUGGUGUUGUUGUUCUUUAUCACCGUGGAAUGUCCUCGACGCCUGUGUGUGGAAGGGAAGUACGACCAAGCUCGUGUAGCCCUGCAAAAGCUAAGAGGAAAUGCCAACGUGGACGAAGAAUUCGCCAACAUGGUUGCUGCUCGACAACGGGAAGCCGAAGGUCAACCACGCAUGAGUAUGCUCGAUAUCAUUUUAUUCAAGGAUCGUCACAUUACCUGGAACACCAUUAUCGUCAUGGUAUUGCAAGCGUACAAUCAAGUCGGUGGUAUUGGUCCUAUGUCCGUGUAUUCCGUCAACUUUUUGACCUCGAUUUUCAACGGCGAUCAAAUGCUGGGAACCGAUGUCUCUUUGGCCAACGCCACGGGCAAUAUUGUGGCAACAUUUAUCGCUGUCAUCUUCAUGCAUCGUGUGGGUCGUAAAGGUUUCAUGUUGAUUUCUACGGGUGGCAUGUGUAUUACCUCCAUCAUGAUUGUCGUUGGUUCAGCCGCACCUCAAGCCGCCAAGUUGGGUCCUCUUGUCAUCACAGCUGCUCUCUGUUUCACGUUUACGUACAGUAUGGGUUGUGGUGUGAUUCCGUGGUUGAUUGCACCUGAAUUGUUGCCGAUGCAUGCUCUUCCUCCUGGCUCGGCUUUGGGUAAUGCUUCCAACUGGCUUCUUAAUUUCGUCAUCAAUACUGUGUGGCCCGUGAUGAAUGCAAACCUGAAGGAGUACAGUUUCACGGUGUUUGCCGCCAUCAACUUUGUUGGCUUCGUCUUCAUUUUCUUCUGCAUGCCAGAAACCACCGGUAAAGAUCUCGAUCAUCACCAUAAGAAAGACCGAAGAUCCACGAUUGGCGAUCUUGAAAGCAAAGACGAUGAUCCUUCGAGCGACUCGGGUACGACGGGUCAAGAAAUCUCUAAGAGCUACGUUGAACAACUUGACGACACCCGUCGCCAUCAAGAGUGA